AGCGCGAGAAAUUUGUAUGUCUUUAAAACGUCGGUGGUGCUGUGGCUUUAUGAAGUUAGAAAGCGCCCAUGUGCGGGCUAGCGUUUAGAACACGAAACAGUCCCUCGCAAAAAACUUCGCUUCGUUGGGGUGACUGUUGCGGCCAUAAGACCCAUAAGUGAGAGUUUUCUUGCCUAAGUGCUUCGAGUAAGGUAAAAAGUACCACUAAGACACGAUGAUUAACGUGGCGGGAGUCAUCUCCAUUAUCAUUUUUUACGUAUUAAUCCUGGGAGUGGGCAUAUGGGCGGGUCGUAAAAAGGAAGCCGGGAAUGAUUCCGAAGAGGAAGUUAUGCUGGCUGGGCGGAAUAUCGGCCUUUUCGUAGGCAUUUUUACAAUGACAGCUACUUGGGUUGGGGGUGGUUACAUCAAUGGCACAGCUGAGAUCAUAUACACUACAGGGUUGGUCUGGUGCCAAGCACCUUUCGGUUACUCCCUCAGUCUAGUCUUUGGGGGCAUUUUCUUUGCAAAUAAGAUGCGAAAACAGGGUUAUAUAACAAUGUUAGAUCCUCUACAAGACUCAUUCGGAGAACGCAUGGGGGGACUCUUGUUUCUUCCAGCUUUAUGUGGGGAAGUUUUUUGGGCUGCUGGUAUUUUAGCCGCGCUCGGGGCCACAUUAAGUGUCAUCAUUGAUAUGGAUCACAGAACCAGCGUAAUAUUCAGUGCUUGCGUUGCUGUUUUCUACACACUCUUCGGAGGAUUAUAUUCUGUUGCUUACACAGACGUCAUCCAAUUAUUUUGCAUUUUUAUCGGACUUUGGAUGUGUAUUCCGUUUGCUUGGACCAACGAACACGUAACCUCGUUAGAAUCAAUCGAUGUUGAUUGGAUCGGUGUUGUUAAAAAAGAAGAAUAUUUCAUUUAUUUAGACUACGGUUUAUUAUUAAUUUUCGGCGGAAUCCCUUGGCAAGUGUACUUCCAGAGAGUACUUUCGAGCAAAUCAGCAGGCCGGGCACAACUCUUAUCAUACGUUGCAGCUUUUGGUUGUAUUCUAAUGGCCAUACCACCGGUACUAAUCGGCGCAAUCGCUAAAGCCACCGCCUGGAAUGAAACAGGAUAUAAAGGUCCGUAUCCUUUGACCGAAGCCGAAAGCAGUAUGAUUCUCCCAAUGGUGCUACAAUACUUGACACCCGAUUUUGUUUCAUUUUUCGGCCUUGGCGCUGUUUCAGCUGCUGUAAUGUCUUCAGCAGACUCGAGCGUACUUUCCGCAAGUUCCAUGUUUGCACGAAACGUUUACAAGUUAAUCUUCCGACAAAAAGCAUCCGAAAUGGAAAUUAUCUGGGUGAUGAGAGUCUCGAUUCUUAUCGUGGGAGUACUCGCUACAAUCAUGGCUCUAACCAUACCUUCCAUUUACGGUUUAUGGUCCAUGUGUUCGGAUUUAGUCUAUGUCAUUCUGUUCCCCCAACUAUUGAUGGUGGUCCAUUUCAAAAACUACUGCAACACUUAUGGCAGCCUUGCUGCUUACCUCAUUGCAUUUUUUGUCCGUUUGAGUGGCGGUGAAUCUCAGAUGGGUCUGGAUGCGCUUGUACAUUUUCCAGGAUGGGAUGAGGAAAAUCAGAGACAACUGUUCCCUUUCAGAACUUUAGCGAUGCUAUUGUCUUUAGUGACUUUAAUUGGGGUUUCAUGGUGGACAAAAUGGGUGUUUGAGACAGGGAGAUUGGCUCCAGGGUACGACUUUUUCCGCUGUGUUGUCAACAUUCCUGAAGAUGUAGAAAGAGUGGGAGAGCCUGCAGAAGAAGGGGAACAAAUGUCGGUUAUGGCUUCUGGUGCUAUGGGAAAAUUAUAUGGGGCUGCUACUCUUGUGGGUAAAGAUGAAAGGAAUGGAAGGAUUAAUCCCGCCUUGGAACCUGAUGAUGAUGUUUUGCCGGCCGAAGUUGAAAAAUUGAGGGGGUCAGUUAGUAGUGGAGGAGGAAUCAGGUCAGGGACUAAUCCAGAUGUCCAAACCACGCUUUGAAGAAAUUAAUCAUUUGUCUUCUGUUUUUUUUUUUUUACUAGAAGAUCAGUAGGUGCUACUUAGAUGUUUUUAUUGCCGCUGGACGGUUCUGUUGAUUCAUUCCGAGAGUUUAAAUUUUCUUUAGUCUUCAACGAAAUGUAUUCAAGUCGUAACAUCGAAUUGUUAAGAAAUGGAACGUAUGCAUAUCAGAAUUGAGUCCUACACGUAACAAUACAUAUCAUUGUUGCUCCUUAAGUAACUUUAGAACUGUAAAUAAUUUAGGAUAAAACAGUAUUUAUUGAAUUUGUUGAAAGUUUUCAUAUUAUCUUGCAAAGAAAAAAAUUAUUUGUAUUUUGCAUAAAUGUAUAUUCUAAUUGUGAUUUUUUUUUAAACUCUAGUCGGUGUGUUAAAUGUGAUUGAACAAUAAUUAGCAACUCAUUUAAAGUGUUUAAUUUUUAAAAAACACAGAGACUAAAGACUUGCCACUCAAAAAUAUCAUCUCCGAUAAUGUAUUAUAAUACAAUAAAAUCAAUUCCAUUAUUGCUUUUUUCUAUUGUUUUCGUUUAAUUCGUGGUAAAUGUUAUAUUUCACAUGAUGUAAUAAUGUACAUUGAGAGCGUAGCGAACUGUUAUGACCACCCGUUGUUGCUGUAAUAUAUAGAAAUAUAGGAAAAAACUAUAUUUGGUAUGUUGUGUAUAUUCAAUAAAUAGACUGUUAAAAAAGUAAAAAUAACAGCCUUUGUCGUAAAGUCAGAAUGUUCAAUGUAUAUAUAAAAACUAGUCUAGAAAUUAUAGAAAGUUGUUGUAAAAUAAAAUUCAGAAACUAAAUAAAAAAGCAUUUUAUUUAUACAAAAUCUGGUUAGUACUAAUACUGCACAUUCCUUAAUAAA